AUGGAUGUGGAUACGUGCAUACGAGAGAAUAUAGUAUGGCAGAAGUUGCCAGAAGAUAUACGAGUUUUGCUUGGAAACUCACAGCGUGAAUAUGAUAAACUAGUACUGGAAUAUUCGAUCAAGAAUCAGUUGCGAUACAAGGGGAACCUAGUACGGCAUGUAAAGAAAAGUGAAGAAACGUAUUACGAUAUGAUUAUAAAAUAUAGUGAAUCGCAUUUAAUGCUCUAUCCUUAUCAUCUUGCUGAUAUCAUUGUCAAAGAGCUGCGAAUAACACCGUUCAACUACUAUAUUAACAUUAUUAUUGAUAUGAUACAAUCAGAAAAAUCGUAUGAUUCUUUACCUAACUUUACGGCCGCAGAUGCAGUGAGGUUGUUGGGUAUAGGCCGUAAUCAAUAUAUCGACUUGAUGAAUCAAAACAGGUCUAAUCGAAAAUUUCUACGUCGCAAUCGUCCCAUACGCGAAUUGUUGCCACAAAAGCCUGCUAAGUCAGUUGUGGAACCAUGGUGGAUUGUAUGUGCGGGAUGUAUUCUGGAAGCAGAUAUCAAGUUGUUGACGGAUGACGAACGUCGUGUGGUGGAUUCUAUCCUAGAUGAAGGCCCGCAACCAGCAGGAUAUCUACCUGUACCAGUGAUUCAGUCAUUGCUUAAUAGAGGGCUGGUAUACCUUGAUGUUCCGGUUGAAGAGUACGACUAUGUUUAUGUUGCACCUCUAGACGGAUUUGUGAUGAACCGAGUUUUGGGAGACUAUUUCGAAACUCUUUUAUACAAAAUAUUCGUAGCAAUUGAUGAUCAAACUACUGUUAAAGAGAUGGCUGAAAUGCUUCACAUUGAUUUUCAUCUAGUGGCUAAUGCAAUCUCCGUAUUUUGCCGGCUAGGAUUCGCACGGAAGAGAGUUACAGGGAUGGAGACUGCCCGCCUGCAUUACAGCUGGGCACAACUCAUUGCUAUACCAAAUUCACCAACACAAGACGACAUGGUGACAUCGGUCUCGGGCGAUUUGGGAGAGCUGUCGGCUUCAUUGGCAUCACCGUUAGGCGAUGAUGAUGAUGAUGAUCCAGCUACCAACCUCAGUAACUACAGCUUGAAAGAUUCGGUUACGUCGCAACCGUCUUCUGAAGUCCCAUCGUCUUCCGGUCGAACAGCAUUCCUCUUUGACUCGACGUUGGCAGCAUUUCUGAUGAUGGGAAACCUAUCAACUUCGUUGAAAGGUCAUGCGGUGACGUUGUUCGAAGUGGGAAAGCUGGCUGAUGAACAGAUGCGGGACUUCUUGGAACAACUAGAAUGCGUAAACCGUUUCGCUGAAGGAGAAGCGCAGCGGUAUUCGGAACAUGCGAUGGCUCUCCUAGAUAUUCUGCGAAACCUUCGAAAAGGACGAGAAGUUGAUAUGUUAAGAGGAGAAAGCUUGCUCAGUCUCGAUCCGCAGAGUCGCAUCCGGGUGCUAGCGAAAUCAUAUGGAAUCGUCGUGUCCAUGGCGCCACUUUCGUGCGAUGCAUGUACAGUACCUGCCUCUUCUUUGCCAUUUAUUGGGCCUCCAAUUCCGGAGGCUUGUUCGCCUUGGCUACGGCUGGCUAUAUAUAAGGCUACUGGCAGCGGUCCGGCCUCUGCAUAUAUUCCAAAAGGUACGAGGCUGUCAAGAUUGCCUGCAAACAUAUCCCAUGCACCUCGUCUACUUGUUAUAUCGUCGAAUCAUGAACCUCAACAUAUGUCCACGUAUAAUGCACUCGUUGCACUCAAUGAUGUAUUGCUUACGACUCCUCUGUUCGUUCAGGUAAUUUCAACAGGUGUGUUCUCUAAGCAUCCAGCUGUACAAGCUCUUUCCACCCGUAUCGGGCUGGAUUGUUUGUGUGGAUAUAUUGUACUAGUGAAUCGAAGUGUAUCCCGGAAGGUGAUAACCAACUCGACGAAAAGUAACUAUGAGAGCUCAGUGCAAAAGGAGUCUUCCAUUGUUUUAAGGGCUCUACCAAAUGGUUUCACCUACGACGAUUAUGUGCUUCUUGAUUGCGUGUUCGGUAUUCCGCUCUUCAAUUCACCACUAAACAAAGCUAUAUGCAGUCGAAUGAUCAGCAAAGGAAUACUGGAGUUGAACAACCGAGCCAAUAUCCAGUUCGCAAACAGGGCGGUCGUUGAUAUGAUCACUGAACUUCUGAACAGCUUUAAUUAUGGCCAUAUAAAGGUUGGUUAUCUAGGAAAAAUUGCCUCGAACAUGAUCUGUUCGUUGACUUGA